GGCCGCGGCGCUUGCGGGUGAGUUUUGACCGCUCAGCUUUCGCCUUGCGCUGGGUCCACCCCCAUCUCCUCCGCCUCCGCCUCCUCCUCGCCUCGUGUGCCGUGGCGGAGUCCUGGCGAGCGCCUGGCUUUUAAGAGGAUUCCAGUCACGUGACCCACAGUACUUGGUAUCCUGAAGGAAGUCCAGUGUACUGUGCCAUCACCUCCACCAAAGAAAAUGGAGAAGUUGGUAUCGGAAGAGCGUGUUUCUUUGUCUAAGGAUGAAAUGCCUACACUUCCUUCCCAGGAGAAGCCAAAUAUGAAUUCAUGCCCUCAUGCAUCUGGCAAAUACUUUCUCCCUGGUGGGAUGGACAAUGAGAACUGCAAGCCUAAUGAGAAGGAAAGGGAAUGGAUCCGCCCUGAUACACCUAGUAAAUGCACAUGGAAGCUUGGGAAACCCAUCUCUGCCUCCCCUCAUCGUCAUACCACUCUGCCAGAGCCUCUGAAAAUCCUGCCAAGCAUCCUGAAUAAAGUUGGCAAUACACCCUUGGUGCGGAUCAACAAGAUUGGGAAGCAGUAUGGGCUCAAGUGUGAACUCUUGGCAAAAUGCGAGUUCUUCAAUGCUGGGGGCAGUGUGAAGGACCGCAUCAGCCUGAGGAUGGUAGAAGAUGCUGAAAAAGCUGGGAUUUUGAAGCCUGGGGACACAAUCAUAGAGCCAACCUCUGGAAACACAGGAAUUGGGCUGGCCUUGGCUGCAGCAGUGAAGGGUUACCGCUGUAUCAUUGUGAUGCCUGAGAAAAUGAGUAUGGAGAAGGUGGAUGUUCUGAGAGCUCUGGGUGCUGAGAUUGUGAGGACCCCAACUACUGCCAGAUUUGAUUCUCCUGAAUCUCAUGUGGGAGUGGCGUGGAGACUGAAAAAUGAAAUCCCCAAUGCGCAUAUAUUAGACCAGUACCGCAAUGCCAGCAACCCCCUAACACACUAUGACACCACAGCUGAAGAGAUCCUGCAGCAGUGUGAUGGAAAAAUAGACAUGCUGGUGGCUACGGCUGGCACAGGAGGUACUAUCACUGGCAUCUCCAGAAAGCUAAAGGAGAAGUGUCCAGGCUGCAAAAUUAUAGGCGUUGAUCCUGAAGGCUCCAUCCUUGCUACACCAGAAGAACUAAACAAGACUGAAAAGACAAUGUAUGAAGUGGAAGGAAUUGGUUAUGAUUUUGUCCCCACAGUGUUGGAUAGAUCUACAGUGGACCAGUGGUACAAGAGCAAUGAUGAGGACUCAUUUGCUUUAGCACGUAUGCUGAUCCGAGAGGAAGGACUGCUGUGUGGUGGCAGCUCUGGCAGUGCCAUGUCUGUAGCUGUGAAGGCAGCCAAAGAGCUGAAGGAAGGUCAGCGCUGUGUUGUUAUCCUCCCUGACUCUGUCAGGAACUACAUGUCCAAGUUCUUGAGUGACAAAUGGAUGAUUCAGAAAGGGUUCAUGAAAGAAGAAUACCUUGUCAAAAAACCUUGGUGGUGGAACAUCAGUGUUCAGGAACUAAGCCUCUCUGCCCCUCUGACUGUGCUUCCAUCUGUUACCUGUGCAAAGACUGUUGAAAUUCUCCGGGAGAAGGGAUUCGACCAGGUACCAGUUGUUGAUGAAUCUGGGGUGAUUUUGGGAAUGGUUACCCUGGGUAACAUGCUUUCUUCACUGCUUGCUGGAAAAGUUCAGCCUUCUGAUGAGGUCAGGAAAGUAAUCUACAAACAAUUUAAACAGACAGAUAAUCAAGCAUCAGGUGGAGGUGUGAUUAACCUGAAAGACAACUUGGGGAAACUCUCUCAUAUCCUGGAAAUAGACCACUUUGCUCUAGUGGUUCACGAACAAAUUCAGUAUCAUUCUGACGGUUCCUCCAGCAAGCGGCAAAUGGUGUUUGGCAUCGUUACGGCCAUUGACCUCCUUAACUUUGUGACUGCAAGAGAAAGGGAAAGAAAGUCCAACUGAAGUACCGUAGUGAUGCGGAGCCUCUUCAAAAACAUUUUGCAAUCUCCAACAAAGAAUCAGGUUUAUUUCUUAUACAGAAUGAUCUGUUCUUGGGGUGUUUGUUGUUUGGUUUUUUUUUCAAAUUCUCAGAAUAAGCAGUUAGCUAUCCUAGUGUCAGUUAUUCAGCCGGUGCAUUUUGCUCUGUUGCACAGCUUCUGGGGAAUUGUUUCUUAAUCAGUCUACACAAUUUUUCUUAUCAAGACCAUUUUAUUUUUUUACCUAUAUAUAUAUAUGUAAAAAUAUUGCCUAAAUUAACUGGUAUAUUCCUUACUUGUAAUGUCUAAAGUCUAGCCUUACAAAACAUUGUCUCAGAUUCAUAAAAUGUGCUGAAAUAAAGAGUUACUGAAGCAGAGGCCCAAGAGCUCUGGGAAGUUUUGGAUUUUUUUUUUUUUUUUUGUGCAAGAGUGGUUAGGUAAUACCUGUGUGGAAACAAAAAUGGGACUGGAGCGUGGAGGGAAGAAAAGGGGUUUUCCCUUUUGGUGACAGUGCAAAACAAGAGGAAAUCCUGAGGGCUGGAGUUAAGGCUUGUUUCGUCUCUGAGGAAAACCUUACUUGAGUGGAAGCCUGACAGUGAAGUAAGAAACUGGUGACUAUGGUACACUAGCUUUUACUGUGGAGACAGACCUUUCUUUUUUUCUGAUUGUACCCUGAUAACUAAGCACAAGUGAAAAGAGUAAAAAAAAAAAAAGGUGAAAAAGAAGGAAAAAAGGUAAAAUCAAGCCUCUUGCCUGAAGGUUUUUGAAAAUCACGCUGUUUUGUCUGGUACCUUCCCCUCGCUUCCUUAUGUUGUUUUUUAUCUUAAAGUGCUCCUUUUUAUGCCUGUUUUAGAAGAGCUAAGGGUUAUCUGUCAAGAGCUGUAACCUCUUUCAAGCCCUGUUCAAGUGCUGCUCUGCUGUAUUGCCUUAUUCCAGAAGAAAAAACUCCACUAUUAAUUGAAUUGACUAUAGCCAAGCCUUGGGAGUAAUCGGCAAACACAGUCUGGGCUGGUACUGUUGGGUACAAUGGGCACUUGGUAUGUGCAGCUAUGCUGUUUCACUGCUUCUGUAAAUCUGGAUUGUUCUGUAAUGUUUGGCUUGUGUGACUGUGGCACAGCUGGGCACUAGAAGCCCCGCCCCUAUGCUGCUGUGCUUAGGCUAUCCACGGCUCUUAGUGGUAAUUAGUGGAAACACCCUGUUGUUACAGGAGAAAAGUAGCUGUUCUGCAGAAAGACUGCUCUAAUAGUCUUCUGACUGGCUUGUGCCAAGAAUAAAGUUUUUGAUCAGCAAGAGUGACACUUUUUUUAGCUUGUCUCUCCUCUGAAGUAAAAAAAAUACUGUUUAGAAUCAUAGAAUCACUAGGUUGGAAGGGACCCACUGGGUCAUCGAAUCCAACCAUUCCUAACACUCCCUAAACCAUGCCCCUCAGCACCUCGUCCACACGUCCUUUAAACACCUCCAGGGAAGGUGACUCAACCACCUCCCUGGGCAGCCUGUUCCAGUGCCCAAUGAACCUUUCUGUGAAAAAUUUUUUCCUGACAUCCAGCCUGAACCUCCCCUGGUGGAGCUUGAGGCCAUUCCCCCUUGUCUUGUCCCCUGUCACUUGGGAGAAGAGGCCAGCUCCCUCCUCUCCACAACCUCCUUUCAGGUAGUUGUAGAGAGCAAUAAGGUCUCCCCUCAGCCUUCUCUUCUCCAGGCUGAACAACCCCAGUUUAUGGCUGGUAGGAUAGCAAAGUUGUUUGUUGUGUUGUUUGUUUUUUUUUUUUUAGAAAGAGAUUUGAGUCACCUAAGAAAACAAAGGGGUUAUUUAAAAAUCGUGAUUACUACCUCCUAUAUAUAGACCUUACUGGCUUCCCUGUGGCAGUGGAAUUUGAUGUAUGUUUUGGAAGUGUGUGCUCUGAGGAGGAAUAUGGUGGAAGCCGACCUGUCCCAUGUCGGGGCUGAGCAAAGAGCAUCAAACAGAACCUUUGCAGUUGUGUGGUGGGUGAUGGUGGCCUGGAGGGAGGAGGCAAGAGCUCAAAGCCAAAGAGCUGACACCAGUGAUAGUGUCUACCUGUCAGCAGUGUGACUGCCAGGUUUGUUUUCUAGCUGCUUCUCUCUGCCCAUAAGUUUGUGAAUGUUAAUAACUUUGUUGCAAUAACAAGUAAACUCAGACUGAUUUCUCAUAACUUCAAUGAUGUGCUGAGGAAUGCUAAGUUUAUUCUGUCCUUGCUCAGUUUAUUUCCUUAGACAUUGGCUAUCCCUUCAGAUUAGGUCUAUAACUGAAGCAACUUGACCUGUACUUCCCUUAAACUGUGCUUUAACCAUUAAAUUCAUACCCUUCUUUAAGAUUUAAGACUGCUUUUUUCCAAGGAUUUUGAAUAAACUGUGAUAGAGUCUAAAUAUGUACAACUUCAAUAAUGAUUGGUUCUAAAGGAUGGUUGAUUUUUUAAGUUGUUUUCACCCUUAUGCCUUGCAACGAUUCAUUUCUUGCUGCUGCCUCUCACUGUAGUAGCAAUCCGAGCUACUGACUAGUGGAAAGCUGAGCUAGUGCGAGUGUCAAAUAUGCGUACCUGUGUGUUAAAGGCACUGCUUUCAAAUCUGUAUUAGCUUUCAUAGGCUGAAUAGCUUUGUCUCAUCCCUGCUGCUUGGCAAAGCCUAAUAACUCAUCUUUCAAACUGUAUUUUUGAGCUACUUUCUUGGGGUCAUAAGUAGCUUUGCACAGUUAGAGGUGCAGUCUCUUUCUUAGUACUUUUUACUAAGUAAAAAGUUUCUUAGUGUAGAGGGAGUCUGUGAAUGGUCAGUCGUACUCCUUGAGACAUUAAUAUUUCAGCCAAGCUUCUAAACUCCUUUCCCAGUAUUUCAAAUACUGAAGUCUGAUGUAUUUUCAUGUCUAUUUUUAAUUCAUAGGGAAGGCUGUAAGACUUAUUUCUUUGAUUACUUAUGUUUUCACUGCAUCCUUUGAUUCCCACACGUGUAAAAACCUAUGUACUUCACUAGAUGCUACAAAUGGAGGUGUUUUCUGCAAUCAUAGCUGUUGCUGCUGCUAUAUUUUGAUAUUACUAUUGCUCUUGAAAAUUUACUUUGCUUUGGUAAUUUUUUUUUUCCCCCCAUUUUCCCUCUGCCCUUUGCUGGCAGCAGCAGGGUGGAGGGUGCUUAAGUAGUUGGGUUUUUCCCCUUUUCAUGCCUGUAAAACCUUCAUGCCCCAGCCUAACUAAUUUUGGCAAGAAAUUUGCAGAGGGUAGAGGCAGGCUCACAAAAUUGCUUUUCACAGCAGCAGUACAAAGAGUUGGGGCAGCAGCAGAUUAACGGUUAACUUUACCUGUGACACAGAGAAAAGUGUGAAGAUUUUAAUGUGGGUUUUUUUUUAAGUUUACUAUCCAUAUGUUUGUAGCAUCAUGAAAACAAGUAGUAUUGCCAACUAAGAAAGGAAUGGUUAGAGCUGGCAGGGAGGAGGGGCUGUGUGUCUAAAGCAAUCCAAGUGGAAGCUAAAGGAUCUAGAGAAAUCCUCCUGUGCCACUCUGCCUGUGUGGUUUAAGAGUAGGAGCUGUUUCCUGUUCUGUUCUGGCACAAGGAGGAAAAGGUGGCCACCAACCACUCUUAUUCAUAAUAGCAACCUUGUUUGACCAGAGGAAUGGGGAAAUGGAUGGAGUUGCUGAAUGACUUUGCAGAGCUCUCUCCUCCAGUAGGGAUGAAGGUAAAAAGAAGAGGACAGGGAAUCCUGCAGGGUUGGAGUUCCUCUGAUGAAAAAGCUUGUGAGCUUUUUUGUGUGUGUGAGAAUGGUUAGUACAGGUAGGGCUGUAUUAAUGUUCAACUUGUCUCUCUGUUUCAAAUACCGUGAGGACCAAGAAUGAUACUGCGGUUUGUUUGGUCUUUUAGCCUGAAGUUUAAGUCCAGAACUUGAACAGGACUGUGUUUUUCCUGAAAUGGGUGCCUGCCUUUUCUAUUCACCUGCACUGUUUAUACAAGUGCUGACUAAGCCUGAAAACUAUUUUGCACAUGGAUAUUUAUAUCAACUGCUGUUUGUUUGUUAUUGUAAGAGAAUAUCAGUCCUUUUGCUUUAAUGUUGGCUCUGCAAAAAUACUUGUAUUUUUGUACCUGAAGGCAAUUAUCCAGUAAAAUCUUUAUACUAUUUUGCAAGCAGUUAUCAGGCAAUAACUUAAAGAUCAUUUUGAAGUUGUUGCAUGCAAUAUUAUUUCCAACUUCUUGCACAAGCUGUGGCUGACUCCAGAACUCUUGUCUAGCUGAGCUUCCUCUAAGCAGCCAGACCAGUCUCCUCUGCCCACCAAGCUCAUCACCAAUGGUUUCUGAAAACUACUUGCUGUUACGAAUUUCACACAACAUGCAUGCUGUCAGGAGUUGCCUAGCGUUGCCACUGCCUUCCAACAGCCUUUCUUACUGGGUAGUCUCAGCACACUACCAUGACAAAGGGAAGACUUCUUGUGCUUUAACGAUCUGGGAAAAAUCAAUACAAUGUGCUGUAUUUAUUGCACAAAUGUUCACAAAUGUACAAUAUAAAGAGUUCAAUAAAAGCUG